AUGACAUCACAAUAUCAAAUCCACACACUCGGCAGCACAUCAAGAAUCAAUCCCCAGGCCCUGGUACCAGUACCAGCACCAGCAUCAGCACAUCUCAUUAUCGUUGCUUGCCACGCCAUCUACAUUGGACCAUCGCUUCCUUCCACAAUCAACAUCCAGACCGAGUACGCAGAACUACCCAGCCACAACGAAUCAAACUGGCUCAUUGAGCCUUUCCAGGCUGGCGAAACCACCACGUAUAUCCAACAUAUUGAGGCGGGCGUUCGUCGUCUCGCGGAAGCUGUUGCAAUUGAAAAGUCGAAUGUUAUCAACGGCGGCGACGGCGACUCCAGCGCUGCUUCAAGUCCUGCUAUUUUGGUAUUUAGCGGAGGAGCGACUAAACAAGCAAAGACAUCAAAGUCAGAGGGUCAGAGUUACUUGGAUGUCGCUCUCGAACACAAUCUGUUCGGCCUAGAAACCACUCCCCCAACCCUUCGACAACGGAUCUUUGUCGACGAGUAUGCCACGGACUCAUACCAAAACAUUCUCCUCUCACUAAUCCAAUACCCUCUCUUCCUCGGCCAAUUAGCCUCGACAGACAAUCCUGCCGCGCAAACACUUGUCUCUUCUAACCAUCCCUUCCCCACCCAUCUCACCAUCAUAUCUCACGAAUUCAAACGUGAACGAUUCCUCAAACUUCAUCUCCCCGCAGUUCACUGGCGUGGUGUCACCGAAUAUAUCGGUAUUAAUCCUCCUUUUGAUCGAGCCAAGAUGGCUGAAGUCGAAGAAGGGGAGCGGGUACAAGGAUUUGGGGCCUGGAAGGAGGAUUUGUAUGGAACGGGCGAUAAGUUGACUCACAAGAGGGUCUUGAGGGGUUGGGAUUUGGAUGGAUUCAUGAAGCAGGUUUUGCAAAAGUAUUCGAAUCCUCAGAUGGCGGAUGCGGCUUCGAGUUUGUUGUUCUGGAGUGUAACGGGUAAGGGAGAUGAUGACGAUGAUGGUCGCCGCCUAGUCUACUCGGGCAGAGCACCAUGGGAGUGAAGUGAGUUUGAUCUGCGCCUGGAGAUUUUCAUCUGGAAACACACCAGACCGCCAAAUCCCACUUCAGACUUGGUCAGCGCAGAGAUUGCUGGCUCCCUCCCACCUGACUGACGGGGUCACGGGGUCACCUGGCGCACAGUCAUCGAGGUCUGUCCAACCCUUUCGAUCUCCUGGCACUCGGAUUCUCCUGACUCAACGAUAGAUGUGAGAAUCUGGAUUUGGAUCUGGAUCCGGAUCCAGGGAGCGUCACACGAGACCUCAGACGGAGAAUAAACAGGCAUAGGCUUCAUGCAAGCCCCAAACUGGUGAGGGCAUGGCUCCACAUUAUACCUCCAGCUGCCCUCAAAGGGUGACGAAAGGUUGAGGUUGGUUGGUGGAGAUGAAACUGCCAACGUUCAAAUCGACCGGUAGCUUGCAGAGUCCUUUGGACCCUCCCUCAGGCAUUCCUAGGAAACAUUGUAAAGAUGAACGGAUGAACGGAUGAACGGAUGAACGGAUGAACGGAUGAACGGAUGAACGAAUGAACAGAGAUAGUGCGAGAUAGUACAUACUUGAAACCACAUAAACAAC